GCAUACAAUUCAAAGAAAUGUGGAUGAGUGGAUGAGCAAAUGUCUAUAAAUAGGAAUGCCAUUAAGCAAACUAUCAUCGUACAAAACCAGCCAAACCAUUGAAGCAUAACAGCUAUCGGUAAAGCUUAAAGCCAUUUUCCAAACACCCCCAUUACCUUUCGAUCCCAUACAAAAUGCCUUUUCAAGUUUCAGCUGCUGAAGCUAUUCCAUCCAUUAAUGGCUCUCCCAAACCUGAUACUGUUAUUCGCCGCUCUGCGAAUUUCCAUCCUAGUGUUUGGGGGAAUUAUUUCCUCAGAUAUGCUUCUGAGCCUAUGGAAGUUGAUACUAAGACGGAAGAGCAUGUUGAGAAACUGAAAAAGGAAGUGAGGACGAAGCUUGAAACCGCAAACAAUCCUUUACAAAAGCUUGAAUUGAUCGAUUCUAUCCAACGCUUGGGUCUGUCCUAUCAUUUUGAGAGCGAAAUUGAUGAAAUUUUGGAGCAAUUGAAAAACCCUGAUCAUCUUCAGAGUAGCGAUGGAUCUUAUAACAAUGAUGACCUUCAUACUGUUUCGCUUUGGUUUCGGUUACUUAGACAGGGAGGAUAUAAUAUACCGAGCGAUAUAUUCGACAAAUUCACUGACAACCAAGGAAAGUUCAAUAAAGAGGUGGUGAAUGAUGUUAGAGGAAUGUUAAGCUUGUAUGAAGCUGCACAUUUUAGGGUUCAUGGAGAGCAAAUACUAGAUGAGGCACUGGCUUUCACUACCACUCACCUUGCUGCGCAUGCCACAAACAGUUCCAGCCCCUUUCUCGCAGCACAAAUCAAGCAUGCAUUAUUACAGCCCAUCCGAACCGGGUUGCCAAGGAUUGAGGCAAGGCAUUACAUUUCUAUCUACCACCUAGACCGUUCUCAUGAUGAAGCUCUACUUUCUUUUGCCAAGUUGGAUUUCAAUAUUUUGCAAAAAAGGCACCAGAAGGAGCUUUCUAGUAUUUCCAGGUGGUGGAAAGAAUUGGACUUCGCGACAAAGCUACCUUUUGCACGAGACAGAGUGGUAGAAGGAUAUUUUUGGAUUUUGGGAGUAUAUUUCGAACCCAAGUAUGCACUCGCAAGAAGAAUAUUAACCGAAGUGAUUGCUAUAACAUCAGUCAUUGAUGAUAUAUAUGAUGUUUAUGGAACAUUUGAGGAACUCCAAGUCUUCACGGAUGCAAUUGAAAGAUGGGAUAGGAGCUGCAUGAAUCAACUUCCGGAAUACAUGCAAUACUGUUAUGAGACACUCUUAGAUAUAUAUCAAAAAAUUGAAGAAAUAGUUAGCAGAGAAGGAAGAUCAUAUUCGAUAUACUACGCUAAAGAAGAAAUGAAAAAAUUGGCCCGCUCCUACCUAAUUGAAGCCAAAUGGUUCGAUGAAAAAUACACACCAGAAUUAGAUGAGUAUAUGGGGGUCUAUCUAGAAUCAUGCGGUUACUCACUGCUUACAACCACUUCCUUCCUUGGCAUGGGAGAAGUUGCAACAAAGAAGGCCUUCGAUUGGGUUUCAAAUGGUCCUAAGAUUGUAAAAUCUGCUUCAAUCAUUUGCAGGCUCAUGGAUGACGUGGUUGACCAUAAGUAUGUGCAAGAAAGAGGAGAUCUUGCAUCUAGUGUGGAAUGCUACGUGAAGCAUCAUGGUGUGUCGGAGAAAGAGGCUUGUGAUGCAUUGCUGAAGAAAGUCGUUGAAGCAUGGAAGGAUAUAAACGAGGAGUGCCUUGAACCAAGAGAUGCUCCAAUGCCUCUGAUAAUGCGAGUAGUGAAUCUUGCAAGGGUUAUGGAUGUUCUUUACAAGGAUGGUGAUGGAUACACGCAUGCUAAAGGUUCCACCAAAAAACUUGUUUCAUCUUUGCUUGUAGACCCUAUUCCAAUGUAAUUUCCAUGAUAAUUGCUAUGAUAUUACAAAAAGUGUAUCCUGAUCUCUCCUUAUACUAAUAAAGAUUAGGGUUUAAUAAUAAAAGCAAUAAUAAGGAUCUGGUAUUAUAAAACCUUUAAAACAUACAGAUCCACAUUGAUUUUUGUAGUAUGUCCUUAUUUAUCCCAUAUAUAUAACAAUUAUAUCUUUGUAUUUAUUUAUUUUGACAAAUGGAUGGAAGAUGGACUUGGUUUCUUUUUUAA